AUGGACGGCAAGUUCUCGCAAAACGGCCAAGGCCACUCUGGGGAUAAGGCCUCUACCGAGGGUGCGAUGCAUCUACAGACCAUGGACAAUGUCGAGGCACAGUAUGAAGCAGCUCAAAAGGCCGAUGGCAACGGCCAGAUAGAACGACAUAUUACAUCUUCUUCCAAACCGCCUCUGAAUUUCGGCACUGUCCUCCAAGGUCUCUACCGAAGCAGUUAUCCCGAGGCAGAGCACUACUCCUUCAUCCAAGGCCUGAAGCUGAAGACCAUUGUCACCUUGGUCAGCAAGGAAAUGCCAGAUGGCUUCCAGCAGUUCAUGGAUGCCAACGGUAUCACGCACAAGAUCUUCGACAUGGGAGGAACCAAGAAGGAAAAGAUCCCAGUCGAACUGAUGCAGUCAAUCAUCAAAGUGGUUACCGACAAGGAGAACUACCCGAUGCUUAUCCACUGCAAUCAGGGAAAGCAUCGCACGGGAUGUGUGGUUGGUGUCAUCCGCAUGACCAACUCAUGGGACACCAAGAGAGUACUAGAAGAGUACACCACGUUCGCAGCUCCCAAGGUUCGAGAGACCGAUCUCAAGUACCUCACCAACUUCAAGAUCUCGAGCCUGCCAAACCUCAAGCCAAAGAACUUCACACACACCAUCGGCCGAUAUGGCUAUUUGACGAUAAUGGCAUUCUUCACCAUCUGUCUCUUCAUCUACUCUUUCAGCAAGAUGAGAAUCUGGUCCCGGCGCCCGAGAGAAGCCUCGUCCCUGUAG